CUUUGAGGAGUUCAAGAAGGAGCCGUGGUCCAGAGACACUUACCAUUCGCUGGUAACCGAUUUAAAGAAGCUUCUUGAUGGCCAGGAAAAGAAGUUUUUCGACAAUAAAGCUAACAACCCUGGUUACAAAAAUGCAAAGUUCUCGGUCUACGGUUUCCCAUUGGUCCUACAGGUGUGGGCGUAUGAAAAGUUACCUAAAUUUGGGGAACAUUUUGGCACACGUGUUGGUAAUCAUGAAGUCCCAAUAUUGAAUUGGUCAUGUCAUGGGAAAUUUCGGUCCUCUAUGAUACGGAAAAUUUGCUUUCCUAAUGAGGUGCCUACCCCCCCUUCUUCCGAUAAUGAAGAUGAAGAUGAAGACAAUCUUGAAGUACAAACAAGGGAAAGGGUUAAAGAAAUGUGUGUGAACAUUGAAGAAAUCAAAACAAGUCUUCAAAGGCUGGAGAAAAGGGUGGAUGAGCAGCUUGGUGGACUAAAAGACUUGCUGCUUCAGGUUAUUGAUAAAGUCAACAUUGCUUUACAGGAAAAGGGGGGUCCAUCUGCCCCAAGUCAUCAUGAAAAAGACACGGAAAUUUGUGCACCACAUGCUGAAGUUCAAAAGAUGUCUACACAUGGUGUUGACAAUGCUGG